GGCUCCGCGCCUCGCUUUAAGCGAGAGGCGCGAAAGGGAAGCGGCGCUGAGGGCGAUGGCUGCGCGGGCGGCGUCGGCGUCGCGUCUCCCGGCGGCCGUGGGGGCUCUCGGCGCCGCCUUGCCAGGGCCUCGAGUCCCCCCGGAGGCCUUCCGCCUCGCCAAGCUCGGCCGGCCCCAUGCGACUGUAGUAUUCUGGAAACUACUGUAUUCUCUUCUGAAGCAAUUCCAAGGCGGAGGAUGGAUGGAGCCUGCUGACACAGGUACCCAAGUCAGAUUCGUCAGGAGUGUAGCGUUGAGCCUUGGCUACAGAAGACCAGAAUUUUAUCAGCUUCCUCCUGAUGGUUCAGAGGGAAGCAGAGAACUACUAUUGGUAUUUUCUUGGCUUCUAUGCAGAAUCAGCUUAAUGGAGCAGUUAUUGGCCCUAAAUAGAGUGAAACUUUGGGAUGAAGCAACUGUUUGCAUGUGUGAUACCCCUUUGAAAAGCCUGCAGGAUGGAGAAAGCCUGCCUCCAAAAUCUCAUAUGAAAGACCAAAGGGAUGUCCGAUACCUGCAGUGGUUAAAUGGCCGUCUGCAGUUCCAGUGGCGAAAAUGCCACACUGAACAGCAAGAACAAUGCAAGCUCCUGAAUAAGGUACAUUCAUACACAAUUGGUUCUCAUACUGAUCCCAUUAUUGGUCAUUUCUCCAUCACAGAAGCAGAUGUUGUAAGGCAACCAGAGAAUUACAAACAGGUAAUCCUUUUGUGGCAUAGUGCUAUGUUAGAAACUAUGGAGAAUUCUGUGAAUCAAUAUGUAUGCCAGAAUUGGAGGACUAGAUUUUCAGCCCUCAAGCCAUAAUCCACCAGAAAUAGAAGACUUCUAGCUCUGU